AUGGCAAGUCGUGCUGUGGGUGUAUUACUCCUAGGCCCUCAACCUACUGUUGGGCAGUUUCGGCUGAGUUUUCGGGGUGCUGAGAGUUACCGUUGUUCUGCUGCUUCCCGCUCGUUUCCUGGAAUCCGUCUUCGACUGUUGUUGAUGUGGGAUGGGGGCGAUGUUGGCCCUCUCUGGUCGUGGACCGCCGGUGUUGGGUUUGUUCAGUUUUCCUUCUGGUUCCUCCAUCUGUUCCUUCGUGCUGCUCGAUGCGUCGGGUGCCCGGUCAACGGGGACUUGAAGCGGCCGACCCGAACACCCUUCCCGAUCAAUCGAGAUCAUCAGGACAGUGCUCAACCGAAACACUAA